AAAACAGAAACACGCGAAAAAGCGGGCAAUGCCUUUAAACGAGGCAGCCACAAAACGCGCCCCACUCGGCGACCUGCAGAAUCGGGAAUUAGCUCGUGAAAUAACCAAGGAUGUGACCUCCAAACAGCUGAAAGAUGUGAAGACGUCGACCAAGGCUCGCGCGGACACACCCUGGAAGAAGCAGCCGCUGGGCACAGCAAAUGGGGCAGCAAAAGCACGCAUGCAGCGGCUGCGUGCCACAACUACUGCUGCCGACCGAUCAGCAGCAAGGACAACAACGACAAUGACCCAUGCAAAACAUGUCACCGAUGCAGCGAACAGUAAGCUUGCAGCAGCCACAACAGCGGCAGUAGCAGCAGCAUCCAAACAAAAGUCCACAGCCGAUGGGAAAAAGACAGGCAACGGUGGCAGUGAGCGCAAAUCGCUGACCAAUGUGGCUCCAGCUCCAGCUGAAGUUGCAGUCAAGAAAAAGGUAGCAGCAGCAUCCAAACAAAAGUCCACAGCCGAUGGGAAAAAGAAGGGCAACGGUGGCAGUGAGCGCAAAUCGCUGACCAAUGUGGCUCCAGCUCCAGCUGAAGUUGCAGUCAAGAAAAAGGUAGCAGCAGCAUCCAAACAAAAGUCCACAGCCGAUGGGAAAAAGAAGGGCAACGGUGACAGAAAGCGCAAAUCGCUGACCAAUGUGGCUCCAGCUCCAGCUGAAGUUGCAGUCAAGAAAAAGGUAGCAGCAGCAUCCAAACAAAAGUCCACAGCCGAUGGGAAAAAGAAGGGCAACGGUGGCAGUGAGCGCAAAUCGCUGACCAAUGUGGCUCCAGCUCCAGCUGAAGUUGCAGUCAAGAAAGAGGUUGCAGCAGCAUCCAAACAAAAGUCCACAGCCGAUGGGAAAAAGAAGGGCAACGGUGACAGAAAGCGCAAAUCGCUAACCAAUGUGGCUCCAGCUCCAGCUCCAGCUGAAGUUGCAGUCAAGAAGAAGGUGAUUUUGCGCAACAACGUGCCACAGGCAAUAGCAGCUGUAGCAACAACAAAAACAACAACCAUUGUGGCCCUGUCCAGUCGUCUGGCUGAUGUGGAGGCCAUUGAUGCGGGUGAUCGGAAGAAUCUGAUUAUGGUAUCUGAAUACGUGAACGAUAUUUACGACUAUCUGUACGAGUUGGAGGAGCAGCAGCCCAUCUACUCGGAUCACUUGAGAGGUCAGUCGGUGGUGUCGUAUCUAAUGCGUGCCACCCUCAUCAACUGGAUCAGCGAGGUGAAUUUUGGGUUGGAUUUGACAGAGGAUACCUUCUAUUUGGCGGUCGCCAUUAUCGAUCGCUAUCUGCAGGUGGUGAAGGACACCAAACACCAGUAUAUGCAGCUGGUUGGCAUCUCUGCGCUGUUCAUAGCCACCAAAUACGAGGAGCAGUCUUCGGCGACCAUGUGUGACUUUGUCUGCGUUACGGGUUAUACGUAUACGGCCAAUGAGAUUAAGAAAAUGGAGCAGCUCAUACUCAAGGCGAUCGAUUACAAUCUGUCGCGUCCACUGCCCAUCCAUUUUCUGAGGCGCUACUCGAAGGCAGCCUCCGCUGAUGAUGAGCAUCAUGCCAUGUCCGAGUACUUCUUGGAACUGGCCAGCAUCGACUACACUCUGGCCAGCUAUAAGCCCUCCGAGAUUGCGGCUGCUUCGCUCUUGCUGUCGCUCCACUUGCUCAAUGGCAAUGCUCGUGCUCCGACGGGCUUCAAUGACAGCCACUGGACACCGACGCUGGUGCACUACUCGAGAUACACUGCUGCUCAUCUACGCCCGAUUACGCAGAAGAUAGCGAAGUUAGCACGCAAUGCACCCACUGCCACAUUGAGCGCCGCUUACAAGAAGUAUCAGUUGAACCAGUUCCACAGGAUCGCACUGCGCACGGAGCUGCGUGGCCCGCUUAUAAACUCGAUUCUGGUCAAGACGAAGAAGAAGAUGAUGAAUUCGAAAUGAAAAUCGAACCAGAAACACGCAAGUUGUCAUAUAAUAUUCGAAUUCAUAAAUGCAUUUAUCAUUUGAUUUU